AUGGGUGACCACUUGACUGUUGACUACGAUUCCGAUGAGGAGUAUACAGAUUAUGCCACAGACGCACCUUUACCGACGCCUUCACCCACACCCUUCCGAACGCCCCACCCGUCCCGGCACCACAGUCGGCAUGCAACGCCUUCACCCACACCGUCUGGAUACUCGGCCUCCGGCAGUCCUCCGGCUACAAAUGGGGGCCGGGCUUCCCCGCUACAUCGUAUAAACACCGGGCACCAGCAGCACAGCCAUCAUCACCAACUAGCAUUCGAUGAGACAAUAUCAAUCCUCGACCCCCGACGAUUCACACCAACACUACAUGCCAACCUCGUUGCGGAGAUUCUUUCAUUACGGCGUGAAUUGGAAGCAAAGUCAAAUUGGGUCAAUACACUAGAAGAGGACCUGCACGAAGCUCGAAAUGAACAUGAGACGGCAGCAACUACUGCUGUCACGGCGCAACGGGAGGCUAGGGAUAUCAAGCGUCAGUUGGCAAGGGCCGAGAACGAUGAUGCCGUAGAGAUUGUAGCGAAGGAAAGGGAUGAAGCUGUUAAUACUGUGGCCGAGCUCAAAAGGCAGGUUGAGCGGUUGACCAAAUCAAGGCGUGCAGCUGAAGAGGAUGUAGAGCGGAUGAAGAAGGAGGCUGAACAAGAGAGGGAGGAGUUCGAGGCUAUAAAAAGGGCACUUGAAAGAAAAGUACAUGUCGCUGAAGGGCGACUGAAAUCUGUUCUGGACGAAGUAGCAGCAACGAAUUCUCUGCCGCCGCCUCAGCCGCCGCCUCCUGAGAUAAUAGAGGAUCAUGAAGAUGCAAAUCAGUCAGAAAUCGAGCAGAGUGAUGCAGCUAGUAUCCAGGAAAGUAUGCGGGAUAGCUUCAUUGGCCGACCAACUAGCUGGAAGAUGGGCGACGACGAGGCAGAGCGAUUAGGCAUCAGGUUUUCAGUGGCCCCUAACGCUGGAAAGAGCUUGGCAGAUGAGUUGAAUUUUGACGACGAUGAGGAUGACGAGGAGGGUCUCGAAGAAUAUGAUGAGUACGAUGAGGAUGACCGCACCGCCGAAUUUUCCUUCGCUGAGGACACUGCGCUCUCGGCGAAUGGGCCAGACAAUGGGUUGCAAUCCGCGGUAGAGGAGAAUGGUCAAGAGGAAGAAAACGAAAUGACAGCAUAUCAUGAAAUGGGAGUUCAGGUCGACAUUGAUGACACUCAAGAAAUCCAGGAACAAGAGUCAAAAGAAGAACAACAGCAACUACACCAAGAAUCCGAAAAACAGGUCGAACGCCUUGAUAUUCUUGGGCUUGAGAUUGAAGAGAAGCUCGCCGAGUUGGAGCGAACCUAUGUGGAGCUCGACCGAAAGACACAGGAGCUUGACAGCAUCUACAAUGAAGUUGACAGGGCUCAUUACAGGAUCGUGGAACUUGAAGAACAGGUCGACAAGAUGGACGAGGAAGCCGCUGAAAGGGAGGAGUUCAUUUCUAACCUGAAGAGAGAUCAUGCGGAGGAGAUCAAAGUGUUUGAGGCCAGAGGGAAAGAGGUGGAGGAGAAGUGGACAGCAUUGCAAGUGCAGGAAAUCUCACUCGGAAAGACUAUCGAGGAAAGAUCUAAGAGUCUUGAUGAGCGGGAAGCACUAAUCAUUGCAGCCUCAACCCCGAUUGUUGUCGAAGGCGAGCCAACAGAAAUGUCUCUUGAGCAAAGAUCAAAGGAGCUUGACGAUCGACAAGUCGUUAUCAACGUACAGAAAGCGAGCCUUGAUGAGCGUGAGAAGCUUUUUGAAGAGCAGAAGUUGAGUCUUGAAAAACGGGAAGCAUAUAUUACCGAGCAGGAGGCAGCCAUUAUCAAGAAGGGUAAUAACAUUAUCCAACGGGAGUCGACUGUUAUAGAACAGCAGACAACCAUUACCCAGCAGAUGCAAAACCUUGUCGAGCAGAAGAAAACACUCGAUGAACGCGAAUCAAAACUUAACGAUCGGAAAGCGGCUUUUGAACAGAAAGACGCGGGUCUCGUUGAAUGGGAGAGCAAACUUGACACCCAGAGCGUCGCCAUCGGAGCGCAGAAGACAAUGAUUGCCGAGCGGGAGAAGAGUCUUGACGAACGAAAUGCAGCCCUUGAUCUUCAGAGGACAACUCUUGAAGAGCAAAAGGUAGUGUUUGAAGAGCAAAAAUCAACACUCGAGGAACAAAAGACGGCUCUCGAGGAGCAAAAGGCGGCUCUUGAGGCGCGAGUGACAUCCCUUGAUGAGCGGGAGGAGGAACUUGAUGAACGUGAAGCGGAACUCGACGAUCAGGUGACCACCGUCCUCGAGCGGAAGUCAAACCUCGAUCGACGAGAGCUAAGUCUUAACGAACGGCAUGAUGCCCUCCAGGAAUGGGAAGGAAAUCUCAACGAGGCGGAAAUUAACCUCGAGGAAAGAGAGAAAGCAUUUGCCGAACGAGAGGCACUUGGUGUUUCAUCUCCAAUCUCGAUCGAUGAUAAGGCUAAGACGGAAGCUGAAAUUGAGGGCAAGGAAAGAGACGGGGAAUAUGAAGCAAACGAGAGGCGAAAGAGAAGAUCUACCGGGGUUUCCCUGAUGACUCUCUCCUCCCCGGUUGCAAACAUACCAACUCCGAUGUACGUAUCUUGCGAGUCGCAAACCACCCCAUCAUACACAUCCGUCAAAUCGCAAACAAGUCCGCCGUAUGUGUCUGUCGAGACCCAGGUCAGCCCUGCGUAUGCUUCUACCGAGACUCAAGCUAGGCCCGAAUAUGUUUCUGUCGACGCACAGGCCAGCCCGCUCUAUGUAUCCGUCGACGCCCAAGCCAGUCCAGUAUAUAUUUCCGUCGAGGCACAAACCGGCUCGCCCUACGUCUCCACCGAGAUACAAACGAAUCCUCCUUAUGUUUCUACGGAAGCCCAGACAUGCUCCUCAUACGUUUCUACAGAGUGUCAGGCUAGCUGGGAAUAUGUGUCUGUUGAAGCGCAAACAAGCUCAGACUAUGUCUCGACAGAAGCUCAGUGCAAUUCAGAGUAUGUCUCUGUCGACAUGCAGACUUCAUCCCCCCAAUGCAUUUCUGCUGAGUCUCAAGUUACUCCAAUGUAUGCAACGACUGAAUCACAAACGGAGGAACUUGUUCCACCCCCCAUCCCCCCAAGGAGAGGUUCACCAGUCCCACCCAUGUCGCCCAUCUCCCCUGCUGUUGAAAUGCAAACAAUAGGAGUCCAAACCGAACCAAUACGGCCACCACCUCUAGCUCGGGUCAUCCCAACAAUUGCCGUCAUUCCUCCUCCGCCCACCCCACCGUUACCGCCCCCCCCACCACCUGUUAUGAAAAGUGCUUCUGCUCAGACAAUCGCGAAGCCACGAACGAGAAGUCGAUCGAUGCAAACUGAGGAAAUCAGACUUGAUGAGAGGCUGAUGAAGAUUGCCCCUCAUCUUCAUCCAUCAGCAAUCAUGGCAAGCCAUCCUCCGGUUCGUCCUGUUCAACUUGAGGAUAUUCCCCCUAGUCCACCCAAGAAGAGUUCAAGAAGGAGUAUGGUCAAACGGUCUUCUACGAUGGGCCCCAUCUCCGUUACGACUUCAGGAACAACCCCAAGAUCAGUGCCAAUGGUUGAUAGUGGUCAUGGGUCCGCAUUCUUCAGUUCACCGCCUAGGUCUGAUACCUUUAUGCAAAGCCCCGAUAAAGAACUCAGUAGACGAAGUUUCGGGUAUCCUGAUGUGCCUGGCUCUUCUGGGGAUGAGUUUUUGGACGAUGCUGAGCUCAGCGUCAAUGAAUUCAAGACCGCACUAUCAGCGCCAAAGUCGAAGAAGCCUAAGUCUACACCGCAUGCGAAUCUCAACAAACCCUCACCUAUCGAAACCUCAGCCCCAAAACCAGGAGGCGGUCUUCAGAGGAAGGGUGCUACUAUCCGGAAGACAGCACUGAUUUCCAGCGGCUCCCAGGCUCAUAACCGUCCUAGAAGUCCAAGUUUCGAGAGCAAUCGCACUAGUGAAAGUGGCGGCACAAAGAUUGGGCCACCCUUCCCCGUACCAGCUCGUCAUAGUUCUAGGAAACCCGGUGGAUAUGGGAGCCACCCUCGCAAUGAAAGUCCUACCCCAAUGCCAAUUGGGUUUUCUAGAAGACCAACUCAGCCUAGGCAUCAGAGGGAGUCCUCAGUCCAGUCGAUCCGAAAGGUCAGAUCUGCAACUGCUUUGCCAAGUUUGAGAACUUCAAACGGCAGAAACCGAUCACCGCCGCCCUUGAGCGCCUCGUCCAUUGCUCCUGAUAGCCCCAUGUUGCCUUUUCGUAGGGACGAGAUACGUGCAUCCGCGUUUGAGAGGCCAAAACAUGGCUCUAUUAAACAUAAGCGCGUGGAGAGUAUAACUACAUCAACCUCAGCGACUACCAACGGCAACGCCUCUGUUGGCAGUACUAUUCAACAGACCAGUGUUGUAGAUGCAAUUGCACAGACUAUGGUUGGAGAAUGGAUGUGGAAGUAUGUUAGACGCAGGAAAUCCUUUGGUGUUGCCGAAUCCCCGCAAAACGACGAUUCCGCAGGUGGCCAACGUCACAAAAGGUGGGUAUGGCUCGCCCCGUAUGAACGAGCCGUCAUGUGGUCCAGUCGCCAACCUACGAGCGGAAACGCCCUACUCGGGAAGAGUGGCAGAAAACUCCCGAUUCAAUCGGUUCUGGACGUGAAGGACGAAACACCCCUGCCAAAAGGCGCAGAUCCGUCGAAGCCUCUGUUCAAUCGUAGCAUCUUGAUCCUUACCCCAGCAAGGGCGUUGAAAUUCACCGCUCCGAAUAAGGAAAGGCAUUAUGUUUGGUUGACGGCAUUGAGCUUCUUGUCACACUCGCCGCAAGGGAGUGAAGGGCUAUUAGCUCUGCCGCCGCCAAUGCCAUUUGAAUAUGAGCAGGUACAGCAUCAACAGCCCUCAGUCCCAACCAGGCCUCCCGUUCCACCGAUCCCAAUGCACCGCGAUGCGCCGUUCCACCCUGUCCGUGACUCCAUUCGUCUUGCGAAGGGAAAGUCCCGACAGAAGGCGGCAAAGGUCAACGGGUUCCCCCCACGCAAUGACUCCAUCCUUGAAGUUGAGAGCAUCAGGAGCGUUGGGUCCUCCACUGCUGAGCCCCCGAGCAUUCCUCGUUUCCCGGGUCAACACACUCGGAAGCGGAGCAGCUCUGCAGUACGCCCUGGAACCCACCGUUCUAUAAGCAAUGGAUAUGAUCCAGCCAUGCUCUCAUCUUUUGGCGGCAGUAACACUGCGGACUACUAUGGUGCUCCCUUAAUGGGUGUUGGCGGUAUUGGCAUCGUUACCGGUAAUUCGUUGCUUUCGGGCCACCCUAACCCUCCUUUGGGUAACUGGGAUAAUGGGCCAGUUGGAACCGUGCGCAUGGAGGCCUUUGUUGAGAGGCCAAGGUAUGACUUUGAUGAUGAGGAGGAGUAUGGGUCUAGGUUCAGACGUGACCGUCGCAGCUCUAGACAGAGUCACUGGAGCGGUAGCAUUGACUAUGCCGGAUCUCCAGGCCUAGGCCCAGCGAGUAAUGACGAAGGUUUCUGGAGGGGAGAAGAUCCUUUUAGUGGAUUUUAA